AUGGACGCCGUUGGAGUAGUAAAAUGCAGGACCGUAUUUCAGAAUCUGGUGAUUCCAACUCAUUGGAAUAUGACGAAGUCUUGGAGAAGAUUGGCUAUGGCAAGACCCAGUGGAUUCUAUUGCUUGUGAGUGGUCUCUUAACAAUCUCUUCUGUAGCUGCCCAACAAUCACUGGGAAUUAUUGUAAUCGCAUCCCAAUGCGAGUUUCAUACAACAGAAGCCGAGAAGGGCCUCAUGAUGGCAGCAUCUGUUGCAGGUAUCUGCAUAUCAAACUAUAUAUGGGGAUAUAUCAGCGACGUCAUCGGCCGACGAACAGUUUUACUUUGGGGAGCAUUUAUUUCGAGCGCCCUUCUGAUUAUUCUCAUGUUCGUUACAAGUGUUUGGUUAUUUAACAUUAUCAACUUCCUCUGCGGUAUCAGUCUUGGCGCUGUGUCAGCUGGACUUUAUCCGUAUUUGAGUGAAUUCAAUAUACCUCGGCACCGAGCAGUUACGAUCAACUAUUCGACGAUGUUUGUCAGUGUGACCGCAAUUUAUGUCCCAGCAACUGCUUGGGCGAUAUUAUCUUCAGACUGGUCAAUCCAUGUAGUUGGCGAAUUUGUUUUCCGACCAUGGAGAUUGAUAAUGCUAGCGUCUCUUUUACCGGGUCUUAUUGGAGGAAUAAUUCUUAUAUAUUAUCCCGAAAGCCCGAAACUUCUGCUCUCCCAAAAUAGAGAAAGUCAGGCACUAAGCGCUGUAGAUUGGAUUAGUAAAUUUAAUCGAGGUCUUUCAGUAACUCAUGUGCUCAAAAAUAAUGAAUUUUCGCUGAAACCUGAAAUACAAGCCGGAGAAAAUGUGUUGGCAAACCAGAAGGGUUGUGGCAUGGUAACAAACAUCGCGCGCGCCACAAUUCCAUUAUUUCAUAAGCCGCAUGGUUUCAACUUCAUAUUGUGCAACGUGGCUGUGCUUUGUUUGUUUUUCAGCUCAAAUGGUAUGCAGUUCUGGUUCCCAGAAAUAGUAAACCGUUCAUCGAGCGCUGAAAACACUAAUUCAACAGUUUGUCAAAUAUUGGAAGGCUCCUACGGUAAACAAGCUCAAAAUGUCGCAUUAAAUAGCACUGCGGUGUGUUCCGAUGAGAUUUCAACUAGAACCUACAUUGAUAAUAUGAUUGUUGGAGCUUCAUUUUUAUUGGGAUUCGCCAUACAAGGCGCUAUUUUGAAUCCUCUGGGUCGAAAGAACGUUCUGUUCGCUGCACUCGUAUUCUCGAUUUUAAGUGGAGUUUUACUACACAUUGUUUCGAACUCCACAGUGGUGCUAAUACUAUUUUGUCUUUACAUUCUGUUGCCUGGAUUAUCGAUUUCCAUUAUGAUAGGAGCGAUUGUGGAUCUGAUGCCAACACAUUUAAGGGGAAAAGCAACAAGUUUGGUCAUGUCACUGGGACGAUUUGGUAUUAUUGCAUCAGCAAACUUAAUUGGAAUAACAUUACUACCGUUUUGCAACUCAACGAUUGCUUUAUUUACAAUUGUUCUUAUUGUAUGUCUGAUAAUUGUGUAUCGUCUGCCAAUAAGAAAUUCAUAAUGAAGCAUUUUGAAAUUUGGAACAAUCGUACACUUGUAAAUAAAUAAAAUAAAAUUUUAAUAC